GUUUAGCUCCUGUUUGCGUGCCGUUAUCUGAAACAGCAGAUACAAUAAAAACAACAGGAUGACGUGAUUAGCUGCUCAAUCACAGGCCAGUUGUUGUCCUCAUGUGUCGCCACCGUUAGGAGAGUAUUUGUCCAGCCUUAAAAGCCACAAUGGGGAGUAGGAAUGCACUUACACGGCCUGUUAGUGAGGAGUGGAUCCAGGGAAAAGAUGCUUUUCUCCCAUGGUGGUUAUCUGCAGCAGUUCUCCCCCUGUCCCUGGGGAUUGCUGUCCAUCCUGCGUAAGCUAAAGAGCACACCAGACCAGGAGGUGAGGAUACUGCUGCUGGGUCUGGACAACGGCGGGAAGACCACCCUGCUCAAACAGCUGGCAUCUGAGGACAUCAGCCACAUCACCCCCACACAGGGAUUCAACAUUAAGAGCGUGCAGUCUCAGGGUUUUAAACUGAAUGUUUGGGACAUUGGAGGCCAAAGGAAGAUCCGGCCGUACUGGAGAAACUACUUUGAAAACACAGAUGUGCUGAUUUAUGUCAUUGACAGCGCUGACAGAAAGAGAUUUGAGGAGACGGGUCAGGAGCUGGCUGAGUUGUUGGAUGAAGAGAAGUUGAGCGGCGUUCCUGUGCUGAUCUUUGCAAACAAGCAGGACCUGCUAACCGCCGCCCCGGCCUCCGAGAUCGCCGAGGGUCUCAACCUGCACACCAUCCGGGAUCGCAUGUGGCAGAUCCAGUCCUGCUCCGCCCUCACCGGGGAGGGGAUCCAAGAGGGCAUGAAUUGGGUCUGCAAGAGCGUCAACGCCAAGAAGAAGUAGCUUCGCUCGUAGUCUUCUGCUACUCAGGAGGAACAGCAGCAGCACACACACACUGACACACACACCGCACCCUCCUGAGCCUUAGUACGAUGGGAUAUACCUGUGAAUGUAAACACACUACUAAUCCGACAUGGACCUGGAGUUUUUAACCGCCCUGCAUCCCUUCUGCAUCGCUGACGUUUUACUAAUCUCGACACAUCUUCCGACACAAAGAGGAGUCUGACUUCAAAGGGAAGCCGUGCCAGGAAAUCCACCCAGACUACCCACGUCACCACCGCCGCCCCAGCCAACCCCAGCCAAUCCCAGCCGACCAUCUCACAACCUCAAACAUUCCCGUUAAACUGCUGUUUUUUCAUUGGAAUUCCAGCUUCUUUCUUUAAACUCUUUUACACACUGUCCAGGAAACCAGCUCCUCCCAUCUCCAUCUCCAUCUCCAUCUUAUUCUUAAAGGUCAAUACGUGUUGUUGUUUUUUUUUUUAUCAUUCCACGAUGGCUGUACGCUCUUUUUUUUCCUGCUAUGGCUCUGUUUGAAGUGAGGUAUAUUUUUGUAACUGUUUUAUUUAUGGUGAAGUAGAGCGUAGAGUGCUUUCAAACAACAACCGGCGUGCUGUGUGUGUGUGUUUGAUUUAAAGGAUGUUGGAGAAACGAUUCCCACUAAAGAAUAAUACUGUACAUGUUAAUAUGUAUAAAAAAAGAGAUUAAAUGGUUAAGAGGAACUACAUUUUGAAACAAGUGUAAAUAGCUCAGCGGCCCUGUGCUCAUGUUAUGUUAUGCACAAGUUAUAGAGUAUUUGGUACCCUGCUGUACUCUGUAUUCUAUAAUGUUUGCAUUUCUAAUAUGUGCAGGUUUUUAACAGAGGUAUACGUACUGUACGUCCCAAUGCAUUUCUUCGUGCUCUCUGGGUUUGUGAGGGAAUUCACUCUUUUGGCAUUUCCUUUUGAUAUUCUUGAAUGUAAUCUGUCCAGAAUUGAAGGUACUGUAUGUGAAUAAAAAGACAAGAAAUUCUGAAA